AACCCAUAUGUCUUAGGUUACGUAAUUCAAAAUAUUAUGUUUUGAUUUUUGUGUUGUCGGUGACGCAAUAUAAUAUCUUAGAUAUUAGUUAUGAGUGUACAUGUCGGUGCAUGUUUACGUCGUAUGAUAAGCUAUAUAAAACCUGAAAAACAUUAUUUUUUACAACACAAUCGCCACAAACUUAAAGACGUUAGAAACUUUUCGGCGAGUGCAGUUGCAAAUAUGAAAUUUGUCCAGUUUACGUACAAAAAUAACAAUCCCUCUGGAGUGCGCGUGGGAUAUUUGGAAGGAAAUGAAGUUGUUGACAUAAAUAAGGUUGAUUCUAGCCUCCCCACGACAUUAAUUGAGAUUUUAAAAAAAGAUGGAGAUCUCGAUCGAGUAAACAGAUUAAAAAGCAAAAAGCCACAGAGUGUUCCAUUGGCGUCGGUGAACCUUAAAGCCCCAAUAACUGGAAUGGACAAGGUGCUAUGUAUAGGGCUCAACUAUAAGGAUCAUUGCGCAGAACAGAACCUCACGCCACCAGAAGUACCGAUGAUCUUCAGUAAGUUCGCUAGUACUGUGGUGGGACCUUCAGACGCUGUCAAGCUUAGGACGGAUGUAACUGACAAAGUUGAUUGGGAGAUAGAACUAACGGUGGUUAUUGGCAAGACAGCGAGUAACGUUACCGCUGCGGAAGCAUUUGAUUAUGUGUUCGGAUACACGGUGGCUCAAGACAUCAGCGCGAGAGACUGGCAGAAGACCAGAAAUGGUGGACAGUUCUUAUUAGGAAAGUCAAUGGAUACUUUCUGUCCUAUUGGACCGUGUGUCACCACCAGCGACGAGGUACGAGACCCACAGAACCUGCAGGUUCAGUGCAAAGUGAACGGGGUUCUCAAACAGUCGAGCCGCACGGACCAGUUGGUGCACAAGAUACCGGACGUCAUCGCUCGCCUGUCUUCUGUGAUGACUCUGUACCCGGGCGACAUAUUGCUAACAGGCACCCCCGGAGGCGUGGGCAUGUAUAGAUCUCCGCCGGAGUACUUGAAGCCUGGUGACGUCAUUCUCAGCGAGAUCGAAAACAUAGGAGUCCUCGAGACUAAAGUUGAGCGAUUUACUUGUCCCUGCUAAUAACAACUUCUACAUUUAUUUGACAUAACAAACUCUACAUUCAUUACUCUUUUCAUACACGCAUUCAAACGGUCGCUCUCUAAUGGUUCAUUUACAUUAACGGCGAACGCUUUCGGUUGAACCGAAUUGGGUUGUUAGCAUUAGGUUGGUUCACCGAAAAAAUAUUUCUUUAUUAUCUUCAAUUUAUUGAACAUUACAAAUUGUUCGACAUUAUUAUGACUAUCACACUAAUUGUAAAUGCUGUUCACACCUUUACCAGUGGGAGGCUCCUUUGCACAGGAUUCCGGCUACAUAUUGGCUACCACAACGGCGCCUAUUUCUGCCGUGAUGCAUUAAUGUGUAAGCAUUACUGUGUUUCGCAAUAUUACAAGCGCUGUUAUAGUGCCGCUCAGAUAUUAGGGUUUUUCAAGAAUCCUGAGCGGUACUGCAUUGUAAUGGGUAGGGCGAAUCAAUUGCCACGAGCUGAACGUCCUGCUCGUCUCGUCCCUUAUUGUCAUAGACAAAUAAAGGCAUGCCUUAUUGUAUUAUCCCUUAUGUAGUUAUUUAAAUAAUAAUUGAAUAAUGGUGUGUUUUUGGUAUAAAUAUUUAUUGAUUUAUUUUUGGGAAAUAAACAGUAUUUAAAAACAUUCUAAAAAAUACAUAAACAAUUGUGCACACACCAAUAAAGUUUCCACUAAUAUACAUAUCACGUGAGAAGUCAAACAGAGGAUAGACAAAAACUUACAGAACUAUCUGAAUAUAUAAUUAAUUAAUUAACUUAAUAAAAAUAAAUUAGUUGUAAGUGGCGCACUGGUGGUGUGUUUCAAUAAGCAGCUGUAUUAGUUCAUCGGUGGUUGUCUGCGACCGAUUACGGGCUGUGAUCGGUGACCGAAUACGGGUUGCAACCGAUAAGUCAAAACGAGAUAGUGUAAAUGAGCCAUUAGCGCGUGCGUACUGUAUUAUGGAGAACAAAUACAUUGAAUCCGUAAAAUUAAUAUUGGCUAAAAGUGAAAAUGUGAAUAUUAUGUACAGAAAUGGUGCUAUUAUAAUUGUAUGUUAUAUACGUAUAUGAUUUAUACAUCUAGAUAGACAGCCGAUGUAAACAGGCCAGGUUUAUUACUUUAGUGUGUGUGACAAGCUACGUAUUACACUCGCGUUUUGUAUGUCACUUUGUGUUACUUCAUAAAAUAGAGGUUAACUGUCAACUUCAAUUUUUCACAGUAUAUCUAGACGUACAUAUGAUCUAAGGUUAUACCGCUGUAAUUUUGUAAGUGUAACUUUAAUAUCAUAAAAAUCGACAGUAACACGUCAUUAGUAAUUCUGUUAAUGUGUUCGUCCUGUUUUCUUGUUUUAAGAUUGGUAUUGGUGUAGUGGGGAUAUCUGUAGUGUACUUAUAUAAUUUUACGUAUUCGAGUUUAUCGUCAGCAUAAAUUGUAUGGAAAUAUAAUAUGUUAAUGUCAAAAUAAUUGUAAUGUGCUCGGUGAACGGUUGGAUCACUUGGCGUUGCCAGAAUCGCUUCAUUAUGUGUCUUCUACCGCAUUUAUCACGGGGAGUGUUCCGAAGAGCUGUUUAACCUGAUUCCUGCCGCCGAAUUCCACCUUCGCACGACAGGCCACAAGUUAGGAUAUCAUCCCCGCCAUCUGGAUGUGUGGCGGUCCUCCACAGUGCGGUUUUCAAGGAAUUUUCUUCCACGUACUACAAAGCUGUGGAAUGAGCUUCCUUGUGCGGUGUUUCCAGGACGGUAUGACAUGGGAACCUUCAAAAAAACUGCGUAUACCUUCCUUAAAGGCCGGCAAUGCUCUUGUGAUUCCUCUGGUGUUGCAAGAGAAUGUGGGCGAUGGUGAUCACUUAACACCAGGUGACCCGUACGCUCGUUUGUCCUUCUUUUACCAUAAACAAAAAAUAUAUUGUUCAUACCAAGUUUGACACCGGUUUUAAAUUUAACGGUUUUUACUGGUAAAUGUCGGUUAUAUUUUUUUUGCGUUUGAAAAAAUUAAACAUUCUUUAUAACUAUAUUAAUCGGUUAAUUCCCCAAGAGUCCAAGCGUGACGAUCAUACUUAACUAAUAGUCGUUUGAUGCGAUGUAGUUAAGUCAAAUAUAAGUAAAUCACUUAGUACACAAAUAAAAUUUGAAAACAAAAUUUUAUGAACUCAAACCCGCGCUCUCGCGUUUCGUGCGAGUGCUCUUCCAACUGAGCUAACCGUUCGAGUGACGUAUCGUUGAUAAAAUCUUGUAUGCUUUGUUCAACUCUCAGGUUGUGGCUUCAAGUACCGCAUCGUUCAUAAAAUUUUAUUUGUGUAUUAAUCCCAGAAGUGAGUGUUAUCACUUUAAAAACAUAACAAAUUGUUUAAAUCACUUAAAUUUAAACUGUGUGCGAAUUUUUAGUUUUAUAUUCUUGGUAUUCAUUAAGUACAUAUAUUAUAUUUAUAUAUUUUUUGUUAUGGCAAUAAAAAUAUGAAAGUUA